AUGAACGCACCGGGUUGGAGCAAUUGGGAAGCAGGAGACGGACCAGCUUUCCCAUUUGGAGAAGCCCCUCCUUCACCCGAUGCCAAAGCGGAUGAAAUUCCAGGUUAUGUCAAGAGAUUUGGGGCGUACUAUACAUUAACCGAGGGAGUGUUUUUACCAGCGGGAACCUUACUUCCUUUUGGUGCGAACUUUGCUCUUCAAGCGACAUUAGAUUUUGGGAUGCAUUUUCCUGCUGGUUCAAAAGUACCCGGAGGAUUCCUUUUGCCAGUUUCAGUAGUCAAGAAACCACCUCCUGCACCCGCACCGACUUUUCAAGAGAAUCCAGCUUGUGUCAUACAAUGA